CUUUUCACAUCGUCGAGGCAAAAUAAAUCAUAAAAUAUUGAAUUAAAAUGUCAGCAAUCAAUGACAAAUCCUGUCGCAUCUGCCUUACAUCCAACUCAGCAUUCAUCAAUAUUUUCGGCAAGUUCCACAACCGUCAAGUCAAAGAAAUUAUUGAAAAUUUAGUUCAAAUUAAAAUCGAUGAAUUUUUAAAAGCACCAAAAUUCAUUUGUCAGCUGUGCCUGACUAAGCUCCUUCAAGCUGAGACAAUAAUUGAGUUGUGUCGAAAAAAUCACGAAUUUUUAUCAGAAUUAUCAAAAAUUGAUGAUGAAUCAGCACCAACAGUCGAUGAGAUAAUAAUUGAGGAACUUGUGGAACCGCCAGCAGAUCCAAUUGACAUUGAACUUAAGAUUGAAGUCGACGAACCACAAAAGUCGUCAUUUUUCUGCUCAGCCUGCGGUCAAGACUACAACACACGCCAAAAGUUGCUCUACCAUGAAAAAACAAAGCACAAUACCAGCAAUUUUGUGCCUCAAACCUUCACAUGUGAUCGAUGCGGACGUAUUUUUAAGCAAAAGUCACACGUCAUCAAUCACAUGAAUGUUGUGCACUUGAAAAUUAAGCGAUUCCAUUGUGACAUUUGUGACUUUAAAAUGUAUUCGAAAACUCAUUACACGACGCAUCUAAAGACUCACUCGAAUGUUAAGGACUUUGUCUGUCCACAAUGUGAUAAGGCAUUUGCUAGAAAGACAACUUUGGAUACUCAUCUGAAGACACACACUGGACAGCGAGAUUAUGUCUGUAAAUUCUGUUCUAAAAGUUAUACAGCACAUACGGAUCUGAAGAGGCAUUUAUCACAGCAUACAAAUAAGAAGCCUUACAAUUGUAAUUUAUGUAGUGAUGGAUUUACGCUGAAGCGACAACUUUUUGAUCAUAUAAGGAGUAAACAUCCUGGGAAGGAUACAAGCUCAUGGUUGACUGGAAAGACGAGUUGGUCGGACUUGAUGAGAUGAUGAAUUGUGUUGGAACUGGCAUGGAAUGUGUUGAUUUCUUCGAGAUUUGGAAGAUGAAUUAAAUUUGGCUUCUUGGGCUAGUUUGUGCGUCCAUCAAGAGUAUCCUGCACUGGUAUCAAAGUGAAGUAUGACUGUGACUUUAAUGGACAUCUUAUACAGCCUCAAACCGUAUUUUGUUAAUAAAUCAUGAAUUAUUCAUUAAAAGCUUUGCAUGCAAAAUAUUUCUAGAAAUAAAAGUCUGGUCGUUCUUUUACAAAACGUGG